AUGCGUGUUCUCGCCGGUCUUCAGCUCGGGAUCCUGCUGCUGCUGCUGCUCUCUGUCGCAGUCGUCCAUGCCACAGCCCAUGUCACACAAGCCGACGACUUGCUCUCUGGGGUCCAUCGCCUGAUCAAGUCGGGCCGCGUCGUACGUUUCCAGGACUCGUAUGUGGGCCUGCUGCGCGAUAUUCGCAGUAGCGCCUUUGCUGCGGUGCCACCGUACUCGGCAAACGAUCUCCAGCGAGUCGCUCAUGAGGUCGACAAGCUGUUCGAUAUCUGGGUCAAUCGAGAGUCAAAGAUCCAGAACUACGGUAUCGACAUCAUCCCGAGAAAGGACAAUAUCACCAAGAACUGGAAGUCGUAUGUGAACGACCCCUUGAGCUUCCACAUCAGUCUUGCCAAGCUGUUCAUCUCCGCCCGCGAUUUCCACACAAACUACUAUAUCCCUGCGCCAUAUGGAUGCAUUCGAUCCUUUCUGCCGUGGUCCUUUGACUUUCUCGAGAGUUCAGAUUACUGGAACCCGACCGUCGUCGUUGUUUCCCGCACCGGAUACGCACGCCUUGUGGACAUGUCGCCACUCUAUGGCCCGUCCCUGAAUGCAUCAGUGGCCGAGAUCGAGCCCGGAGACGAGUUGGUUUCGAUCAAUGGCAAGUCCUUUGACUCGGUGUAUUUCGAGUCGUACCAAAGCAAGACCGAGGCGGCGAACGAAAUGGGCGGUCUGCGCUACUUUUCGUACCUGCUUUCUAUGAGACCAUCGGUGCUGUAUCCUCUACCGACGGAGGAGGAGGACACGCAAACGUUUGUCUUUCGAAAGCAAUCUGGCAAAAGUGUAUCUGUCAAAGUUCCGUAUCUAUCGCUUGUCAACGGAACCUGCCUCCAGCCUCUCGUGCAGGGCGAGACAGUCCCCAACGUCACCGAAGCGCGAGCAGAUGCUCGCCACUCAAAGCAGCGUCGCCGAUCGACAUCUGGCACCUUCUCCUACGAGAAAGAGUUUCGCCAAUUCUUUCCCGAUCAUGCCACUCGGCGCUUCAGCCUGCUCUCCAGCUUCAAGCUCAAUUCCACGCCCGAAUCUCUGUUGUCCUGGGGUAUUUAUCGGCCCAACUUCACCAACCUCGGCAUCAUCAGUCUGAAGAGCUUCACCCCGUCAACUUCUGUUCAGAAUACGGUGUCGUUGAUUCGAGGACUGCUUGUCCGUGAGCUCGCCGGCACAAAUGCUAUUGUCUUUGACAUCCGCGGGAAUGGCGGUGGCGACAUGGCACUGGCCGACUUGAUCCCCCAGCUGUUCAAGCCCAAUUUCCAGGCCAGCUCGGGCCGCUUGCUUAUCUCCAAAACCAACACCGCCAUCUUGCACACCACCAACGCGUCCUUGGCUCUUUCGGAUUGGAUACCGGGCUACUUUGAUGGACUUUCGAGGAACCAGACAUAUGGCGAUGUCACCCCGUUCUUCUCCGGAACUACAUUCAACACAAUCGGCACUGCAUAUCUCAAGCCCGUGGCUCUGUUCAUCGACGCUUACUGUUACUCGGCGUGCGAUCUCUUCUCGGCCAAUAUGCAGGACUCUGGAACGGCGCUGAUCUUUGGUCAGGACCUGCAAACCGGCGGAGGAGGGUGCAACGUUGUUGCUUACAGCAGCUUUCUGAUUCCGCUGUUUGGAACAAGCUCAGACAGCUCGAACAGCAGCCAAGUAGUCUUUUCGCCGCUUCCGUACUCGUCAUACAACCAGAACAACAGUCACCUUGGUGCGGCAGACCUGCGGGUUGCAUGGAGACAGGUGAUACGCACCGGCACUCAUGCUGGUGCCCUGAUUGAAGACAGCGGAGUGGCCGCCGACUACUAUCUCCGACCUUCAUGGGCAGAUUUCUUUUCCAAUCAAUCGACGCUGAGUCAGCUGGAGUAUCUCGGACAACUGCUGGCUGAUCUCGGCAGCCGCACGGGACAGAACAGCCUCGCGUUUCUAUUUGAGCCUCUGAGAUUCGACAUCCCUGUGCGAACACUCCUCGUGCUCAACAACAUCACUUCGAGCGGCAUCCGAACCUUUUAUGUGAGCCUGGACGGCUCCGUGGUCGGAUCGACAUCGCUAGCGUCCACCGACCUCGCUCAGUUCAACAUCGAGACCGGAUACACCACCGACUCUGUCCUGCGAUACCUGUCGCUCACCAUCCUUGGACUGGAUAUCCGCGACAAAGCGGUUCUGCAAACCAACCGGCAGGUCCGGUUGAUUCCUCACCAAGGCCUGAGCAGCGUCCCGUUUGCCUUUGACUUUACGCAGCUGCCGACUUUCUGCGGCAUAUACACACAGUCUCCAGAGACCGCCGGCUGGGUGCUUGCAAACGGCACACUCGCGAUUGCCACCGACCCGCAGACGGGCCUCUACGCCAACAAUGUCGACACAUCCUUCUCUAUAUUCCUGAAUCUCCCCAGCGGCCACUACAACUUCUCCGUGGACGCUCGGGUGGACACCGAGGCCUCAUUCGACCUGUUCUUGAUCCAGACGAGGAGCCGCAGCACCCAGAGAACAUCCACGCUGCUUGAGCUGGACGGCCGCCCGCACGGCGCAAGGAUGUGGCCAUAUAGCUUCCAGAUCAGCAGCGACGCUGCCGAGAUUGUUCUGCGAUUCACAUCGGACGAGUCUGUUGCCGCGACUGGGGUGCGCAUCUCGCGGAUAUCGCUCAGGGCACUUGGCCACCAGCAAACGGAUUCGGGCCCGCCUGGACUACCGUCGAUCCAGAAAGUAACGGGACAGUCACUUUCUGGCAUCAGAGGCCUGUAGUCUACUGAUCCGUAGGCUCCAGCGAGCAAGCCAUGCGACUGUUUCCCGGCCUGGUAGGCGAUCUCUUUGAUUUCGUU